AGAGAGAAAGAGAGAUGUCGGACGAGGAACAUCACUUCGAGUCGAAGGCCGACGCAGGAGCCUCCAAGACCUACCCUCAGCAGGCUGGAACAAUCCGUAAGAACGGCUACAUAGUCAUCAAGAACAGGCCCUGCAAGGUUGUGGAGGUCUCCACCUCAAAAACUGGCAAGCAUGGACAUGCCAAGUGCCACUUUGUGGGGAUUGAUAUCUUUAAUGGCAAGAAACUUGAAGAUAUUGUUCCUUCCUCCCAUAACUGUGAUGUUCCCCAUGUUAAUCGUACUGACUAUCAGCUGAUUGAUAUCUCAGAAGAUGGUUUUGUGAGUCUCUUGACUGAAAAUGGGAACACUAAGGAUGAUCUGAGGCUUCCCACUGAUGAGAAUCUGCUUUCCCAGGGUUCUGGCUGGAGAAAAAGGGAGGCAACGUGCCUCCAGAAUCCCAGUGGAGAAACCUUUCUCUCUGUUGCAGGACAAAAUUUACAU